ACACACCGUGAGAAGAGAGACGCUGCAGCACACCGGUCACCACAAGCUCUCCGACUGGGAAUUAGAAGACAACCAUGUCCAGGGAAAAUGGAGACUCUAGAUCCUUCACUUUGCCAUCCACCAUUUCUGCUGUGACCUAUGACCCCAAGUCCGAGACUGUGACCUUACCAGGGGGUGUGGUGUCAGUAGCAGGCGUCACAUUGGUGACCGGGGGUGCGGAGCUGUCCUGGGGAUCCUGUGUGUUGGCUUUCAGCUUUUGGGGAACUGUCAUCGGCAUCAGCGUGGUGGCCGUGGGGCUGUACGACCAAAUGAAGCGCUCCGCGGGAAGCUCCUCACAUCUACUGGUGCUGGGCUUAGUGGUUUUAUCAGUCAGCUUUGGGAUCGCGGGUAGUGUGGCAGGGUUCCACCUCCUGACGAGGAACAGGAGGCGGAGAAACGAGAGGAGAAGCAGGAGGGCAAGUGGGUUCUUGUGGAGGAGAGUGGAAAAGUAAUAAAAACGAUCACCGUGUAAGACCAUUUUAAUGACUGA